AUGAAGCUCUCCGCUCUGUCUCUCCUCUCCGUGGCCUCAGUGGCGACGGCGUCACUCCACGGCGCCGAGACCAUGGAGUACCUGAUGUCUCUGAAGCAGCAGUCUCGAGACCGUGCCCGCGCCCAGGGUCUGUUCAAUCUCAACCGCUACCCCGACCAGGGAUACAAGAAGUGCACCAAUGGAACAGCGGGAGAGUACUCUUGCGGGAAUGUCGACCUCCUGAGCUUCCUCAGCCACCAGGCUCUGGGUAGUUCCACCCGUGAGGGAAACGAUGUCUGGGGUUGGACUUCUGCCGAGGGUCGUGAGUUUGGCAUUGUCGGCCAGACCGACGGCGUUGCCUUUGUUGAGAUCCUUGAGGAUGGCAGCCUUGCGUACAUUGGCCGCUUGGGGAGCCAGACUGACCCUUCGACGUGGCGCGACAUCAAGGUGAUCGGUGACCAUGCGUACAUCGGCUCCGAGGCCGUUGGACACGGGUUGCAGAUCUUCGACCUCAACAAGUUGACCACCACCUCCAGUCUGAAGCCGACUGUCUUCUCCACCACGGAGGACCUGACCGCUUGGUACGAUGGCUUUGGUAGCUCCCACAACAUCGUUGCGCACGAGGAGACCAACACCAUCUUCGCCGUCGGCACGUCCCGCAGCCUCAGCUGCGCCGGAGGUCUCUGGAUGGUCGACGUCUCCGACCCUGCCAAUCCCUUCUCGCCGGGUUGUGCCAGCGAAGACGGCUAUGUCCAUGAUGCCCAGUGCGUCAUCUACAAGGGUCCUGAUGAGGCGUACAUCGGCCAGGAAAUCUGCUUCAACUACAACGAGGACACCCUGACCAUCGUCGACAUCACGGACAGAGAGAACCCCAUCCAAAUCUCCAAGACCCCCUACGUCGGCGCCAGCUAUACCCACCAGGGCUGGCUGGUCGACGAAAAUGACCAUUCCUACCUUCUUCUUGACGACGAGCUCGACGAGAUGGACGGCACCGGCGAGGCAGCCAACGGCCACACAACAACCUACAUCUUCGACAUCAAGGACCUCUCCGCGCCCGUGCACUCGGGUACCUACCAGUCGCCGGUCCGCUCGAUCGACCACAACCAGUACGUUGUCGCCGGUCUCUCGUACCAGUCCAACUACGGCAGCGGGCUGCGCGUCGUCGAUGUCAGCUCCGUCUUCGAGGAUCCCACUGCCGCGGGCUUCAAGCAGGUCGGCUUCUUCGAUGUCCACCCCGAGGAUGACGAGAUUGGCGGCGAGGUCGAGUUUGUUGGCAGCUGGAGCGUGUACCCCUACUUCAAGAGCGGGCACAUCCUCCUCAACAGCAUCGAGCGCGGGAUUUACUCGCUCAAGUACACCGGGCCCGCAGCGGAGUACUACUAG